UCAAAAUUGUGUAUGACUUAUGAGUAUGUAGAGGUAGAAAUUGAGGAAGUUGAGAAUGUGACUCAAAAAUCAAAUCAAACCAUCUGCAGUGCAGCUAGUGCAGCAAUGGCAACCCUGAUGUAUCACAUGUUCUCCUCGUCUGCGCUGCUAUCCCUCGGACUCUACCACCUCAUUUCCACCACCAGAAACCACCACCUCAAAUCUUCUCGUGGAGACUACACCGCCAAACCCUACCACCCCAUCUCCGCCUUCUCCUCCCGUCUCCGCCACCUCCCUCUUUAUCUCCUCCUCCUCUGCCUCCUCAUCUCCUUAAUCCACCAAUCCCUUAUCUCUUUCGACGCCGAUCCUCUCCUCAAAGGCCGCACUCCUGUCCACCGCUUCACCUCUCUCCAAGCCGCCGCCGUCAUUUUCUCUUUCCUCCUCUUAACCCUCGCUCUCCUUAUCUCCGAGUCAACUUCGCUCCUCCCGCUCCCUCCCGAUCUCUUUUUUGCCCUAGCAUCCGCACUUUUCUACCUCCACUACUCCGCCUCCUCGAACUCCGCCUCCGUUCAGACCUCCGAUCUUCAAGCCAAGUGCGAUUCGGUUUCUGCUAAUAUUUCCUUACUCUCCUCUCUUCUCUGUCUCCUCAUCGCCUUUCAACCCAGGCUUUUCCUUGCUGACGUGGCGCUCGCCGGUUCGAUAUGUCUCCAGGGGCUGUGGGUCCUACAGACGGGACUUUCGCUUUAUGUUGAUGCCUUCAUACCCGAUGGUUGUCAUAAGCUGUUGGAUGUUGUGAGUGGAGUUGAGGGAUCGACGAAGUGUGAUCUGGAAGAUUCUAAGCUCAGAGCUGUCGCUAUCCUCGAUUUGGUUUUCGUGCUUCAUGUGUUGUUUGUGUUGCUCGUCGUGAUUGUUACUUAUGCUGCUGUUGCUAAAACUGUUGGUAUCAGGAGAUUUGGCUCUUAUGAGGCACUGCCCAACCCCAACACUGCUGACUCCAAUCAUAUACAGAUGAAGGCUUUGACCGGAACUCAGGCUUGAUCGUAUAUUUCUGCACUGUACUAGUUGCAUUCAAGGGGUGAAUAAUAAAGCUUCAAUGAGUAUUGAUAUCAAAAAUUGGGCCAAGAAUACCUGGAGACUGGCAGCAAAUAUCAAGGAGACAGAGUAGCUGAAGCAAUAAAAGCCAAAUGCUGGGGUAAAUUUUGGAAGAGUUGGUCGGCAAGCUGCACGACCCGAAGCUCCUCUUUGCCUCUUCAAAAAUAGUUGUAAAAUAUAAAGUACCUGUAUUUACACACACACAUACAUGAUAUAGGAAUGACUCACUUGUAAUUCCCUUACAAAAGCUUAGGCAAUUCCUGAACUUCUUGGGCACUCUUGAGUCUUGUUAGACAUAUAUUCUCCUAUUUCUAGCAUAUAUCGUAUCGAAACUCUACUAUACGUCCAUUGGAAGGGUUAGGUAUUGUACAUUUGCUUGGGGGAGACUAUUAAUGCCAAUCAUGACAUGAUAUUC